GAAAACAUGAGCAGAAGAACAUGUGGCAGAAAAACAUGAGCUAUGGCGUCUGUUUUUUACUUAGAGGAGUUGAGUUGCUGUAUUUGUCUGACUAUCUUCACUGAUCCUGUGACUCUUCACUGCGGCCACUCUUUCUGUAGAACAUGUAUUAUAGAUGUUCUGAACACAAGGCCACAGUGCCCACAGUGUCAGACAGAGACAUUGGUCCUCACAGAAUCUCUUCAAACAAACCAUGUAUUGAAAAGCCUCGCUGAAAAGGCUAAAGAAGCUGAGAAGAUGGAGAAAGAGCACAGAAGUGAGAGAGCAGAGGUGGCUGAGUGGUUGUGCCCUGAACACGAUGAAAAGCUGAAACUGUUCUGUGUCACAGAUCAGCAGUUAACUUGUAUCAUAUGCCGUGAUGGGGAGAGGCAUGAAGGACACAAGUUCAAACCAGUCAAAGAAGCAGCUGCAUCUCUGAGGCAGGAGAUGGAAAACGGUAUAGAGAAGCUUUCUUCUAAUAUCCAUGCCAUAGAGAGCCAAGCCAACUCACAAAGGGAAGAAAUAACAAAAACCAAGAAGAAGUCUCAUCAGCUGAUGACCCAAAUCUGCAGCCAGUUUGAGGAGAUGCACCAGUUACUGAGGAAGAGAGAAGAUGAGAUCAAGAAAGAACUGAAACACAAAGAGGAAGACGCUGUUGAGAAAAUGAGCAAGAGAUUAAAUGCUAUAGAAACAGCUUUGUCUGAGAGCAGAGAGCUUGAGGGAAAGGUGACAUUGGUUCUGAAUAUUACCGACCCUGAGAGGUUCUUAAAGAGCUGGACUGAGGGUAACAGCAGGACUCCAGAAGAUUUAUUCAGGCCCAGAGCAGAUGAUCUUGAAGUGGUGAAUACAUCUCUCUCUCUGGGGCCUUAUGAAAGUCACCUGCAGUUCUUCAUGUGGAAGGAGAUGCUCCAGGUGAUCCAACCCCGAGAAGAAAAGCUGUCACUCAAAAGCAACAGUGCAAAUAUAACUGUGUCUGAUUAUGGAAGAAGUUUGUUGUGUACUACCAACCAACAAACCAACCAAGCUCAAUCAGGUUUCUCAUUUCAAAGAUCUUCUUUUGGCUCCGCCCGAGUAUUUGGCCAACCCACAGUCCACAGUGGAGACACUUUUGGGUUUGGCCCACAAGCAGGCAGUUUUGGCGCAAGCGCAGGAUUUGGCAACUACACAUCUUCAGGACAGCAUCUCAAAAAGUCUCCCUUAAGCACAGAUCAUGUAUUCAGUGUCAACGAGUUCAUCUCAGGGCAGCAUUACUGGGAAGUAGAGGUUGGACAAAGGAUCUAUUGGGAACUGGGGGUAAAAGAUUAUUUCCUAAAAUGUGAUGGCCAAAAAUAUACCACCUGUAGUCCACUUAAUACCACAGAGCUAACGUUUGGAGGCAGACCUCGAAAGAUUGGGAUUUACCUAAACUGCCCAUCCAAGAAGGUCUCCUUCUAUGAUGCAGACAACAUGUCACAUAUUCACACAAUGAGCUCUGAUCUCAUGCCCAUGCCGGUGUCGGCAUAUUUUAAAGUGGCAGCAGAUCGUAACCGCCUGACAGUGUGCUGGUACUGAGAUGCAGGAUGAAUAAUGAGCCAACAGGAAAUCAUUGAGCCCUGGAAUAAACAAACAAACAAACAAACAGCCACGAUAAAUAUCAUACUGAUUGUUGUGUAACAAUAGCCAUCUUAUCUAUUUACUUUUCAUCAGAAUUUUGCUUGUUUAUCUUUUUUGUUCUCUUAAACUCAUCUUUGUUUCAAUAUAUUGUUUUAUGUUGUUAUUACUUCCCUGCAUGAGGUUUGAGCAAGCUACUGUAUAUCGUAUGAGGUGCAAUAGUAGUGAUAGUGGUGGGGGGGUUAACAAUUAAUAUAACCAUGUAACAUAAUAAACCACAAUUUACAAUAGAUGACAGACAUGCAUUAGAUUAUAUUUUAUUGUUCCUCAGCUGGGCAGUUUUGUGAAAAUAUGGAAAAAUGUUUGCAAACUCAUGUUGUACUGAUUCAGUGAUCUAUGUAGUGUUUUGAUUUUUGGUGGUGGAUCUGCUCUGUUGUUUACAUUUCAUCUAAUCAUGUUUGUGCCUUUUUAGCAAGAAAUUAUUAUAAGCAAAACAAAUCAAAUGAUAAACAAAACAAAGUUG